GCUCCGGCGACGCCGCGCGCGGGGCCGGCCGCCUGGGACGUCGCCUACUACCUGCUCUCCGACAGCCUCUGCGUCUGGGUAUUAGUGAAUACUGCAUGCUGCAUUCUGAUGUUGAUCGCUAAGUUAAUACAGAGUGUUGUGUUUGGUCCUCUCCGAGUUAGUGAAAGACAGCAUCUCAAGGAUAAAUUUUGGAACUUCAUCUUCUACAAGUUUAUCUUUAUUUUUGGUGUGCUCAACGUCCAGACGGUAGAAGAAGUGGUCACGUGGUGCCUCUGGUUCUCUGCUCUCGUCUUUCUGCAUCUCAUGGUUCAGCUCUGCAAGGACCGGUUUGAAUAUCUCUCGUUCUCUCCCACUACGCCGAUGAACAGCCAUGCCCGGGUUCUGGUCCUGCUCGUGGCCAUGCUGCUGUCCUGCUGCGGGCUGGCGCUGGUGUGCGGCGGCGUUGGAUGCGCCCACGGGAUGCACACGCUGUCCUUCAUGGCGGCAGAGUCGCUGCUGGUCACCGUGAGAACCGUGCAUGUGAUUUUGCGUUACAUCAUUCAUCUCUGGGAUCUUAACCAUGAAGGGACCUGGGAGAGCAAGGGGACCUAUGUCUAUUACACGGAUUUCGUCAUGGAAUUGACGCUCCUGUCGCUGGAUCUGAUGCAUCACAUUCACAUGCUGCUCUUCGGCAAUAUCUGGUUGUCAAUGGCCAGCCUGGUGAUCUUUAUGCAGCUGCGUUACUUGUUCCACGAGGUUCAGCGCAGGCUUCGCCGCCACAAGAAUUACCUCCGGGUGGUUGGAAACAUGGAAGCAAGGUUUGCAGUGGCCACUCCUGACGAGCUGGCAGCCAACAAUGACGACUGCGCCAUUUGUUGGGAUUCCAUGCAGGCUGCGCGGAAGCUCCCUUGCGGGCACCUCUUCCAUAACUCCUGCCUGCGCUCCUGGCUGGAGCAAGACACCUCCUGCCCCACGUGCCGGAUGUCGCUGAACAUCACCGACACCCACCGCGCCAGGGAGGAGCGCCACCGGGAGAACCUGAACGAGAACCUGGCUCCCGUCGCCGUGGCGGAGGGCCAGCCUCCCCUGCACCAGCACAAUCACUUCUUCCACUUUGACGGCUCCCGCAUCGCUAGCUGGCUGCCCAGUUUUUCGGUGGAAGUGAUGCACACCACAAAUAUCCUCGGGAUUGCGCAGGCCAGCAACUCCCAGCUCAAUGCCAUGGCCCAUCAGAUUCAGGAGAUGUUUCCGCAGGUCCCCUACCACCUCAUACUUCAGGACCUGCAGCUCACGCGCUCUGUAGAAAUAACAACAGACAACAUCCUUGAGGGGCGGAUUCAAGUGCUUUUCCCAACACAGCGUUCAGAUAGCAUCAGGCCUGCGCUGAACAGCCCAUUGGAAAGACACAACCCUGAUCAAGAGGAUGCUGAGGAAGUCACCCAGGCCGACAAAGACCCGCUGGAGCUCACGGCAAGGUUUGAAGAGGUGGCAGAGUUUUACGAGGCCGACACCGAGUCCGUGGAGACGGAAAACUUCGAGGCGAGAGGGAGCCGCUUUUCCAAGUCAGCUGAUGAAAGGCAGCGGAUGCUAGUGCAGAGGAAGGAAGACUUGCUCCUGCAAGCGCGCAGGCGUUACCUCAACAAAACCUCCGAUGACUCUGGUGCCGGCCUCCCCGUGCCGGCCGAGGGAGCAACCUCCGACCCCGUGACUUUGCGCCGCCGAACAUUGGCGGCAGCAGCAGAGCGCAGGCUCCAGAAGCAGCAGCCGUCCUAACGCUUCCCAGCAAGUCCAGUUCCUUUCCCAUACAAGCAGCGUUCCCCACGACCCCGCACUCUCCAUGGCGGUGCGAAGGAGCCCUUCCGAGUGGGGCAAACCGCACGAAGGACCUGUGAGCUGGGUGCAUCUCCCCUGUAUAACGCAUGUGGUACCUAAUAAGUGUUUGGAUGGCUGACACAUUAACCCUCCUUGGGUAUUGUUUUACUUUGUUUUGUUUUUUCCAAGCGACACACAUUUCCUUCUUUGCAAACCAAAAAUGCAGUCCUUUAGAGUCCUGAGCCAGGCCUGCUGCUCCGUGGAGUGGCAGGCGACGGUGGCUGCACAGCCACGAGCUUCCCGCAUUGUCCUGUUUGAGCUUUUCCAAGCGGAAACCACGUCAGUGAGAAACCGAGAAUGGUAUUACUGGCAAAAGCACUCUUCUGACUAAGCAAACAUCUCGAGUAAGCCACCGCACUUCUCAAGAAUCAGUGCUUAGAUCUUUCCUGGCCUGUGCACAGUUUUUUGGAGAAAAGUAAUGCUUCUAAGCUUCGGAGCACGGAAGCGGAGCACCCCGGGAGGAGGUUAAAGAGAUUUGGAGUGGUAUUAAGCAAGCUGUUCUCUCGGCUUCAGCAUGGACAGAUCGACCAUUUCUGGAUUUGUUUCUGUGUUUAUUUUUUUUUUCCUAUGGAUUUCAUUGCAGCAAUAGGCAUGUGGCCAAAGGGAGAAAAGAGGAAGGGGGCAGCUAAUGAGUGGGCUUCUUAAUUCAGCAUUUCAUUAAGCAGGUAAACCGUGAAAAGGGUGUUAAGGUUGGUUGGGCUUGGAGGAGGCUGCGGAGGGCUGCGUGGCGGAGUGGGAGCUGUCCAGUAAGAGCUGAAGCGAGGCAAGGCAGCAUGCGAAAGUCUAUUUUUAUAAUCUUACACUCUGCAAUAAUAGUUAUGCCCAUUAUCUUAAUCGGAUGUACAGAUCUCAGACAGCUGAGAACUACUAGACAUUAGCUUAGGCAUGGUCAAACUUUGGAGUAUUGCAAAAGUCUGGUGGAUACAUUCAAGACCUGGUCUUAGCCUACAUGAAUGAGUUUUGUGAUGGCAGCCCAGUAAUUUUUAAGUGUUUGAGGUGUAUCGUUGUCCUUCAGAAGGUGCCCAGUAUUAAAAUAUAUGACUAGAUCCAUCUACUGUAUUGGAAAUUGUCUUUUUACUGAAGGUUUUUAGGGUGUUUGAAGGUGAGCAUCAGAAAUUGUGUGUUUAACUGAAGAUAACUUACUUCGAUAAACCACAUUGGAAAGCCUUACCUUGCAAUGCUGUUAGUAAUCUGGGGGGGGGGGGGUUUUUUUGUGAUGCAGUUUUGCUCAGAGCACACUCUUUGUUUUUAUUGUUUAAAAAAGAGGAAUAAAAUUCUUGAUUAGUGUUGGAAA